AUGAGACUAUCGACAGCCGCAGCUCUGCUAACUGCAGCAACCAGCAUCUCUGCGUCCUCGAACUCACCCACGUCCACCAAUGCUUCAAUCUGCUCGACAGCCUCGACGUGUAAACCCUUCUUGAUCGAGCUGACAUGGGGACCAACGAACGCGUCGAACGUCUUCUCCAGGGAGGCAAUCUUGACCAACGGCUCCUUCCCUGGCCCUCCGUUGAGGCUCAAUGUUGGAGAGUGUGUCGACUUUACCGUGGUCAAUAACAUGCCCAAUGUCACGGGUGUUCACUUCCACGGUAUUCGACAGCUAGGGACGCCUUGGGCGGACGGAGUCCCAGGUGUGUCCCAGUACUCGAUUCGACCAGGCUCCAGCUACAACUAUCAGUGGACCGCAGAGGAGUCGGGGAUUUACUUUUACCACAGUCACUACAAGGGCCAGAUGAUGGACGGACUAUACGGCGCAAUCAUUAUCUCGCCUGCGGAAAAUGCGACUAGACCGUUCUCCCUAAUCAGCAACGACUCAGCUGAUAUCGAGAAGAUGAAGGCGGCAGAAGCGAAAGUCGAGGCGAUCCUUACCUCGGACUGGAAUCGCUUUACCUUUAACGAGUUCUUUGAGAUCGAAAAGUCUGCCAACAUCGACUACUCCUGCACGGAUUCCUUCGUCCUCAACGGCAUGGGAUCGGUCUACUGCUUACCAAUAUCUACUCUCAGCCUCGACGAGGCUCCGCAAGCGGCGGUUGUUCUUAACGGAAGCUCAUUAACCGCCAAAGGCUGCAUUCCGCCCAAUAACAUUGCGGUCCAAGGCGCCUACUCGCGCAACUUGGCUGCCUUACCCGCCGGUGCAUAUUCUCAGUGUACGCCAUACACUGGCACAAACUUCACCUACUCUGUUGACAAUAAAGACGAGUGGGCGGCGUUGUCGUUUAUCAGCCCCAGCGGAACCGCUCUUUUCAAGAUCACGAUCGACAGCCACAAGAUGUAUGUCUACGAAAUUAAUGGUCACUACGUCGAACCACAACUCGUGGAUCAGAUUGGACUCGAUAACGGUGACAGAAUUUCCGUGUUGAUCAAGCUCGAUCAAGCCCCGGCUGACUACACCAUCCGCGUUGCGAACAGUGGCCUAAAUCAAGUAAUCUCAGGGUACGGCAUUCUGUCGUAUCAGGGAAGCUCAGGGCCUGCGCCCUCUACUGGUGCCGUUAUGAACUAUGGUGGCCAGAACACGACCACAAUCACAGUGCUGGACCGGGCUACAGCUUACCCCUAUCCCGCUGAGACGGUCUCGGGUACCGCUGAUGCCACAUUUGUUCUCGACAUCAUGAAGGACCCGCAAGAAUCGUUGGCGUGGGCCUGGUCCCUGAAUGGAGUAGAUGCGUACAACCAAAGCAGAGACGACGAAACUCCGCCACUACUAUACCAGUCUCCUGCGAACAUCCCCCCAAGCGACCUGAUACUACGAACAAACUACAACGACUGGGUGGACCUCAUCAUCAAGGUCGCCGGCCCACUGGCCGAGCCGCAUCCCAUCCACAAACACGCCAACAAGUACUUUGUCAUCGGGGCGGGCAUCGGCGAUUUCAAUUACACAACUGUGGCCCAAGCCCAGUCCGCCGGGGUGAAAUUCAAUCUCGAUAAUCCGCCAUUCGUUGACGGUUACACGACCACCGAAGCAGAGGGUCCAGCCUGGAUGGUUCUCAGGUACCAAGCCAACACCCCGGGAGCCUGGUUGUUGCACUGUCAUGUUCAAAGCCAUCUGACCGGCGGAAUGGCCGUAGCCAUUCUAGACGCCGUGGACCAGUUUCCAUCAGUUCCCUCCGACGCUGGCGCGGUGUGCUCCAAUGCGGGAUCUAGCUUCAGCAGCUCAUCUGCCGCUGCCUCCAGUACCUCUUCAGUGACUGUCAAGUCGUACACCAACGUUGCGGCGGCGCCCUUGAGCAAACAACGCACCACUGCUCUAGGUCUCGUUCUGGCUUUGGCUGGUGCUGCUGGUCACAUUUUGUAG